GCAGUUUCCAUUUCCAUCAGAUAAAGAGGAACAAGGAGAGGAAAGGGGAGAGUGGGGUGUGGUAAUCAAUGUUUAAAACCAACAGCCCAUCCCUCUCUUCCUCACUCCCCCUCUCUCUCUUUCUCUGACUGUCCAACUCCUCGCACAACUUCGUCACCAUGUCACAGGUCCAGCAGGGUAUGGCAUUGCUCAUCUCAGCCUUCCACAAGUACUCUGGCAAGGAGGGCGACAAGACGAGUCUGAGCAAGGGAGAACUCAAAGAUCUGCUCAACGCUGAGCUUGGAGAGAUCAUGGGGAAAAACACUGACCAGGCAAAGGUUGACAAGAUCUUCAAAGAUCUGGACGCUAACGCAGAUGGCAGUGUGGACUUCCAGGAGUACGUCACACUGGUGGCCUGCCUCACCAUGGUGUGCAACGAGUUCUUCACCAAGAAGUGAAACAGCUCCCCCUGCCCACUCUCCACAGAACAGCAGCUCUUGCUCCAUGAGUGAAUUCAUGAUAAAAUUAGCAAGAUCCUCAAUGCAGGUUCAGAGGGUCAGAGAUGCAGGUUUACACACAUACACAAAAAUAGGGUUGGGUUGAUUAUACACACCACACAUAGACAGGUGAAGGACACAGACAUGUACACACACAGACAUAUAGGCUACAAUCUCAUGAGAUGGAGAGGAAGCUUUUUAAAAAAAAUGUUUUUUUACCUUUACUUAACUAGACAAGUCAGUUAAGAACAAAUUCUUAUUUUCAAUGACGGGGUAGGAACAGUGGGUUAACUGCCUGUUCACGGGCAGAACGACAGACCUUUCGGUUACUAGUCCAACUCUCUAACCACUAGGCUACCUUGCCGCCUUUGGUUUGUUUAAAGUGAAAAACGAAAUAAACUAUUUUAAUAUGUU